AUGGUAGUAACGACUGCUUAUGAAGAAACCAAUGCAACGACAGCUUUUGAAUUCAGCCACUAUGGCUAUCGAAUUCUGGCAGCAAGUAUUUUGUGUCUCAUGACAGUUGUAGGUGUCGUCGGGAACAGCCUCGUCAUCAUAGCGGUGUAUUUCUCAAAUAAACUCCAAACUACAACAAACGUCUUUGUGGCAUGCCUAGCAGUGACAGAUCUUCUGAAUUGCCUUUUCUUUCCUGUGCAGGUUGUUUCUGUACUCACCCGCAAUGGUCCGCCACCGAUCGGGUCUUUGUGCGCCAUUGCAGGAGGGAUCAUCAUCACUACCAAUGUAACAAGCAUUGUCCUUUUGACGAUGAUUGCCUUGAACAGAUGGAUCAAAAUCACUCGAUCACACCAUACUUAUACACGAGUAUAUACUCGAAGGAAUCUCGUGUUGAUGGUCAUCAUAAGCUGGAUCUAUCCACUUAUUUCCAUGAUCAUUCCCCAGAUCGCUGGCCAGGGAAGCCUGGGAUAUUCAAAACGUUAUAAGACCUGCGUCUGGAGCGAUGAACAACAAGACGACUUUUUCAUGCCGAUGGUGUUUUCAUUCUCCGUCAUGUCGGCUUUUGUGGUGAUAACCUCGAGUUAUGUCAGCAUCGCUUUCCACGUUCGCAGGCAAGCUCGUCGGAUAGCUGUCACGCGAAGCAAUCCAACCAAAGCUUCUAGGCAGAAUAACCAAAAUGAUGUUUCAACCACAGGCCUCCCUCCGAUUUCCACGCUAAACACGGGAGCCCUUCAGAUAGUCGAGCCACAACAACACGCCAAUCCAUGGAACGCACGGGAAAUAAGAGUGACCAAAAAUCUUGCCACUGUCGUCUGUGUAUUCUACGUGUUGGUCUUGCCUUAUGGCGUCUGUUCCAUCGUCCCCGAUAGCUACAUUCCCUUUAUCUGCUUCUCAAUUCUGAUUCUUAGCAAUUCCAUAGUCAAUCCUAUUAUUUAUGCUUUCAAACAUCCCGUUUUCAGUCAGGUUUUCAUCUAUAUCUUUAAGUGUCGCUUGGACAGCUUGCCAGAGCCUUCCCGUGGAUUAAGGUACAUCUUGCGACAUCGUUAA